UCAGCAAGCAGAGCAGAGGCAGCGACCAGAGUCCAGACCGUUCUCCGCGCCUCUCCCCGCCACGCCCACGCGCGCCGCACCCUUCCGAAGCAUCGUGCUCCUCCGCGAUGGGCUCGCCGCCUCUCACCGUGCACCUCCGCCGCUCGUCGUUUUCGUCGCCGCCGGGUGAUACCGUGGCGAUCGCGGUGGAUGGCAGCUCCGGGGUGGACCUGGCCCGUGUCGGCCUCGCGCUGGGGCUGGACCCCGCCUCCGUCCGCCCCAACGGCUACUUCCUCAGCCGCGGCCCUGGCCACGUCUGCUCCGCCGUCACGUGGCGCGCGCUCCUCGACUUCUUCGCCGCGCGUGGGCUGCCCACCGGCGCCGACGCCGCCGCGCCCGUCGCCGUGGACGGCAAGCCUGCCGCCCCUCCUGCCUCGACCUCAGAUCCUACAACACUCGUGUGCUCAAAGCGAAAAUCUGGACUGGAAGUAGAAAGGCGUCCCAAGAAGAGCAAGCCUCAAGAGAACAGACCGGCUCUUUCAAAACGAAGGGAUGAUGUCCUUAGCGAAGAAAUCGUCCUUAGUUUGAAGAGAAGACUCAGAUUGGACGACACAAUUCCAGCGAAGAAGAUUAAGCAAGUAGAGUACGGCUCAGACACACAGCAGCCGGUUAAAUUCUCUUGCAGCUUUGUAAAUGCAAAUGGAAAGCGGCCACGGGAUGAGAUGAUCACCUCACUUUCAUGUAAAAGAGUUCGGUGAUGAUGGUGACAAAGGAGGCGCACAAGUCUUUGAAAACAGAAGUCACGCAUCGGUUCACUCGAGACAUCCUCUGGAGCUGAGGUAAAUUGACAUGCCCUGUUGUAUGUUCCGGAGGCCAUGUAGUCUUCAACGAAGAGCCAUGGAUUUUUGUUCGGAGGCAGCUGUUGUAUGCUGUAACUGGAAAAAUGUUACCUGUGAAUAUCACAAUGCUUGUUAUUAA